GGGCUCCCCCUCAUUGCUAAGGGAGCCAAUUUCACUCUCAUUCCCUGCUCAUCUACUCUCUCUCUAGAAAGCUUUAGUGUAUAUUUUCUUCUUCUUCAAGAGCUCAAAUGCUCCAUUAAUGGCUUCUACGCCUAAAUCAUGUACCGUGUACACACCCCCGAUAUUAAUAAAAAUCCCCCGUUGGCAAGGUACCGCCAAAAAAGGCUCGUGGUUUUCUCCUGAUUUGGGUUUCCACGUAAAAAUUCCCGUGUUUAUAUUUUGGUGUAUUUUUUAGACUAGUUUAUCGUUUUAGCCGGGCUAAAACGAUAUACCGGUCGAUAAUUUACACCAUCAUUUUGGCGCCGACCGUGGGACGUGAUCAAAAGGCUAUGUUUUGCUCUUCAUAUUCUUGCCGAUACAGGGGAGCUGGUGGGAUGGUGAUUGAUUUCCCCCUACACUGCAAUGAAAAUGGUAGAGCACAAUACACCAUUUUCAAAGGCAAAAGUGAGCACAUUAAAAGCAGUUUCCAAAUCCAGCAUUUCCAAUUUCAAAUCAAAAAGGCUACUGCGGCGGCAACAUUCCGCGCAGAAUCUUCAAGGAGCAAAAGACGGGAGGCCACUUCUUAUGCCUCGUAGCAGAGGAUCUUCUCUCUGUUCCCACCGUGCCAUUUUUUCCUAGAGGAAGGCAACGACCAAUCCUCCUCCUCCGCCAGUAACGGUGUGGAGGAGACCAUCUGCACCGGCAUCGCCAUUAUGCACGACGUCAGCAUCGCAGCCCCGACCCACACAUCUCCCGCAGCCACUGUCGAAGAGGAGGAAGGAGACAACCACACAGCCGGGGGCAAUUCGCUUUUUCUGGCGCCAAAGUUAGCCAUUACUCUGACCGAGAGCAAGCGGACGAAGUCUAUCACCACUGUCACCAUUAGAUUUGUCAUCAUCGCCCUGCACGCCAGUGACUGGUGGUCAUCGGUGAUGCCGCCGAAGUCCGUUGUAGCCAAAGUCAGCCUGCUACCUCAAAAGACUGCUGCUGCUGCUUAGGAACGUGGAGGUGUACUUAACAGUGACCAGAGUCACCUGCAUCGCCGUCAAAAAUGAAGUCCUCACUCUCAAGGACACCUCCCUCUCCAGCAAUCUGCUCCGGCGAUGCAGAGAAUCCACACUGCCAUCGUGAAUCUCGGCCUGGACGCCAAAGUCGAAACCACCACUGCGCAUUCGCUGGCCGUGCUCGAGACCCCGUAUCCGCCGGCCGAUAGCUCGUUCCGGCCAAAUCUGAUCAAGUGCGUCGAUUGGGUCGCCGUUUCUGAUCAAUUAUUUCGCGUACAUUCUGUACAAGGCUAAUUCGAAGCAGGCGUCCCUCAGAUUGCUCUUCCAGCCCAGCGAUGGGAUUGUCGACCCCAAAACCGGUCUCCACUUUGGCAAGAUGCUGUUGGCCCAGCUUGUUCAUCUCACAUCCAGAGACAAAGGGACGAAAGAGGGAAGGUGCAUAUGUUCACAUGCAUUCAUCACUCUUUNGAGAACUAAUGAAGACUCGGAGGACUAGCAACAAUAUCAACCGGUCAAGAAUCCAAAGUACGAAGAUCGAAGAUAGCACUCGGAGGACUUGUUUACUUUUUCAAGUUGAUGAUUCUCACAACUUAAAAAAGUGGAGGACUUAUUGAUGGGAAAUAAUACGUGGCUCGGCCCACAUUUCCCAAUUAUUUUACGAAGAACAGUCAAACCGGGCCUGUUUAAUAAAAUGGAGGAAUAAUAGAAUAUUCCCCCCGUAGAUGCUCCAGCUACCCCUAUAAAAGAAGGGCUCCCCCUCAAUGCUAAGGGAGCCAAUUUCACUCUCAUUCCCUGCUCAUCUACUCUCUCUCUAGAAAGCUUUAGUGUAUAUUUUCUUCUUCUUCAAGAGCUCAAAUGCUCCAUUAAUGGCUUCUACGCCUAAAUCAUGUACCGUGUACACACCCCCGAUAUUAAUAAAAAUCCCCCGUUGGCAAGGUACCGCCAAAAAAGGCUCGUGGUUUUCUCCCGAUUUGGGUUUCCACGUAAAAAUUCCCGUGUUUAUAUUUUGGUGUAUUUUUUAGACUAGUUUAUCGUUUUAGCCGGGCUAAAAAGAUAU